AACCGCCGACUGUCUUCAAGCAUCCUUGUGCACUUGUACGGCUACUAGCUGCCUGCUGGGGUAUAGCUGAACCAAUCGUUACUCUUAACGUUCUCUCUAUAGGCUCGUCAGUGUUCGUAGGAUUUUAAUAUAGCAGCGGUUCCUCCACCGCAGAAUCUUUUUCAAGAAUCAAAGAAUGAGCGGCGUCUUCUCACCUCAGCCAGCUGGCCACAAUUCGCGGAUAUCCAUCGAGGUCGUAUCAGCGCGGGAACUCCACAACCCGCGGAAGCUCCCCUUCGGGCGCAUGAGCCCGUGCGCGCUCGUCUCCCUCCCCGCGAUUCCCUCGUGCUGGAAGGCCCUCCCGCCUGCCGUCACCGGCGGGCGAAACCCUUUUUGGGGCUGCGGCCCGCAAACCACGGCGGAGUUUCUUGUGGACAAUUCGGUGCUCGGGCUCGAGUCGUCUCUGCAGCAGCCCUGCGCCUCGUCCUUCCCCGCCGGGGCUUCCUUUCCCGCGUCUCCCGCUUCCUCUUCUUCCGCCGAUCUCACCUUUAGCGCAUCUGCUUUUCCUUCCCCCGCCUCUGCCGCCUCUUUCCCGCCCGCGGGGCUUUCUCCCCGCGCGCGCACGCAUGUACGCGUGGAGCUCUUCAGCUCCGCCGCCCUGCGCAAGUCGCUCGGUGCAGCGACUGUGGCGCUGGACGGCGCGCUCCUCAGACCGGGGGAGUGGCUGCGCGCGGAGCUGCCUGUGAUGCGCCUCCGGCGCAAGGGGGGAGGCGAGCGCGUGAAGCAGGGCGGAUGGGUGACGGUGCGGGUGCGAGUUGGGGGAAGCGGGGAUGCGGGGAGGGCGGAGGUCGAGAGGGCGGACGGGGGAGCAUCAUGGUGGCAGACGCCGCUUGCGCCCAUCCCGUCGUUUUACACCCGCACAGGGACGGGGGACGGUGCUGCUGACGUGGUUGGUGCUUGUAGAGUGGCUGCUGCAGGUGCAGCAGCAGCAGGAGCAGGAGCAGAAGCAGCAAGCAAGGUGCAAAACUGGCAGUCACAAAUGCCUUCGUCCUACAGCUCUCACACCGAUGCAGGGCGUCCAGCAGCAGCAGCAGCAGCACCAGCAGCACCAGUGCCGCCGCCACCUGUCACUGGCUACCCUGCACCACCUCCUUAUAGUCACAUCAGCCCAGCAGCCAGCAGCAUGCCACCGUACCCUCCCCAGUACCCCCCACCCAUACCUGGACCAUAUGCCCAGUCGGGUGGCAGCGCUCAACCGUAUGCAGCCUAUGCAAGGCCGACCCAUCCCUCUGGGCCGUGGUACCCCUCGUUACAAGCACCCCCAGUAACGGCUUAUAAGCACAGCAAGCAUGGGCAGAGGAGGUGGGCGCCUGGAGGGGCGGGGCUGGGAGCAGGCCUGGCGCUGGGGGCACUGGGAGGGCUGCUGGUGGGGGACGCCAUUGGAGAUGGGUUGGGGGAUGCUGGAGGGUUUGAUUUUGGAGGGUUGGGGGACUUUGGUGGCUUCUGAUAGAAUGUACAGUUAGGGUGUCUCUGUUAGGGUCUCUAUUCUUGUGUACCACUAGGGGAUGCACCCCGCGAGCACUUCUUGUCGUGUAACCAUUUUGUACAUCCAGUAGAUGUAGUACCAGCAUGAGUUGAUACAUUGAUGCACGUCAC